AUGUCCGAGACAAGCUCAGGCUCUGCACAGGCAGGUGUAAAGCGACUAGAGGCCAUUUCAUCGACCUGGUCGAAAUCAUCUCUCUAUGUUGCAUAUCUCGGAAUCGCCCUGCUAGCGUAUGCGACAUCGCUGGAAGGGCAAGUCACCAACAACCUUGCCAUUUAUGCCACCAGCGCAUUCAAAGCACACGCCCUGGUGUCGACAGUGCUCGUCGUUCAAGGCGUGGUCUUGUCGGUAGUGAAGCCGCCUAUGUCAAAGAUUGCCGAUGUCUUUGGUCGAUUCGAGGCCUUCAGCUUAUGCGUUGUGCUCUACAUCAUCGGUUACAUUCAGCAAGCGGCCGCCACUAACGUCAACACUUACGCGACCGCCCAAGUAUUCUACGCAGCUGGCCAGACAGGUUUGCAGAUACUGAUUCAAAUCUUCAUCGCCGACACCAGCGACUUAGUCAAUCGAGCUCUAUGCUCGACGAUUCCGGCCUUGCCUUACCUGGUGAACGUUUGGGUCGGUCCCGCCCUUGCGGACUACGUUCUUGUGCAUCUGAAUUGGAGAUGGGGAUACGGAAUUUGGGCUGUCGUCCUGCCCAUGGCCUUUCUGCCGCUUGCUUUGGCCCUGCUGACGAGCCAGCGCAAGGCGGCCAUGCGUGGCGUCUUGCCUAAAUCACCGUUCGCUGGCGAAUCGUGGGCCGAGAUCCUCCGGACAUUAUGGUACGAACUCGACUUCUUCGGUCUCGUGCUCAUCUCCGUCGCAUUUGCCCUCAUCCUGGUACCUCUCACUUUGGCAUCGAAAGUCGGCUGGACCAACCCGAAUAUUGCUGUGACGUUGGUCAUUGGCACAGUCUGCCUUUUCGCCAUUCCUUUCUGGGAGAGAAGUAAGACGCUCGCGCCACGUGCCUUUUUCCCACGGAGCUUUUGGCGCAACAGGACGUUGCUGGCUGGCCUCGGCUUGUCAUUUUUCUACUUCAUGGCGUUUUAUCUUUCUGUGUAUCCUUACUUCCAAUCUUACCUUUUGGUUGUACAGGACAUGUCGGUGACCCAAGCUGGGCAGACAGUCCAGACAUUUACUUUCACCUCGACCGUCACUUCGGUCAUCAUUUCCUUGGUCAUCCGAUCCACUAAACGAUAUAAAAGAUUUAUGGUGCUUGGAACAUCUCUAUACAUGUUCGGACUCGUACUCAUGAUGUGGUACCGGACACAAGAGUCAUCACGGAGCAUGAUCGUCGCGACGCAGGUCUUCUUGGGAAUUGGUGGCAGCCUUACACACGUGCCAGCGCAACUCGGCGUGCAGGCAUCUGCAAGCCAUUCAGAAGUAGCUGCAGCGACCGCCCUGUUUUUGACGUUCCUCGAGAUAGGCGGCGCUGUUGGAUCGGCCAUUUCGGGAGCAAUUUGGACUGCCAAUAUUCCGAUCAAGCUACGUGAAUACCUCCCAGACGAGACGCGUGAUCAGGCUUCAGAAAUUUUCGGAAACAUCAGCCUUGCGUCGGGCGGAUGGCCUAUGGGAAGUCCAACGCGCAUCGCCAUCAACCAAGCAUAUCAGGAAACCAUGACCAAGAUUCUCUUUGUGGCGGUGUGUGUCUCUUUGCCAUGCAUAUUCCUCGCUUUGUUGAUGAAGGAUUACAAACUCGAUGAAAUUGACCAGGGUGUCAAAGGAGUGGUUAUCGGAGGAGCCAAAGCCAAAGCGAGCGACGACGACGAAGAAGCCGGAGGGGCUUCGCAACCUUUGAUGAGAACAAGCUUGAGCAGAGACGACACUCACGAUGAAGACGAGAGCGCAUAUGACGUGGCUACACCAAGUACACUGUCGGCACAUGCAAAGAAUCGUGCUUGA